AUGGACGCCCACGAUAUUCUGUGUCAAGAGUUUAAUGCAAAUAAUAUUAAUCCCAGGGAUGUAAAUACUUUGAGGAGAAAAUAUGAUAAUUUGAAAAAAAGAACAAAAAAAAAAUAUGCUGAUGAAAAAUUAUAUAUGCGAAGGACUGGCGGUGGACCGCCUAAAAUCAUAAACAUUGAUUCAGUUGAUCAAUCACUAAAAGACAUUUUAGGCAGUCAUAUUACGGGAAUGGAAUCAGAAUUCGAUGACGAUAGAAUACUUAAGGCAGUUAAAAAUAAUGAAAUUAACGGAGACGAUAUUAUCGAAAAUCAAGAAGAAGCGGGUUCUUCUCAAGAAGAAGCGGGUUCUUCAAAAAUAGAGGUGCCACAAAAAUUAAACUGA